GCGAAACCCCGUCUCGAGUCCGACGCCGUCCGUCGCCGCCUCGUGCCGUCCUUCUCCUACCCUACCCUACUGCUUGCCCAUCCCCCCACCCACCCCGACUCCCCCCUUCCGCUCCCCCUUCUCACUGCUCGCCCAACCCCAAAGCCCCCGCCUCUCCGCGAAUUCCUCCCCGUCGGCUGCCCCCUGAUCCGGCUUCGGGUCCCGUGGAUCCACGCGCCGCCUCCUCCCGGCUGCGGCGGCGGUUUUUCCCCAGGAUUUACGGCGCCGGAAGUGGCGAGAUUCGCCGGCUCAGAUCUGGUGGUGGUCCGCUCUCAGGAGCAGUGUGUUCGCGGCCGGAUCUGCAUUUCCACGGAGGGGAUUAGUGUGGAGGAGACGACGCCCUCUGUGCUGGCUCCGUUCGGCUCCUCGGCUGUAGAUCUGGAAGGACUCUGGGUGAUCGGCUGUUGCAAGCUGCCUCAGGUGUAUUGGAGAGUCACCUCCUCACCGAAACAUCAUCGUCGCAAGAAUAACCGGACAUGGAGGCUCUUGUGGUUAUUCCAGAGCAGCGCAACCACCACCACCGCCACCCUGGUCCCCGUAGCAAGCCAUCGGGACCACACUUCACAUCACCGUCUUCAUCUCGUGGCUUCCGCGGAAUGAACUGCAGGUCUUUCCACUCUGGUGGAUGCAUAGGUGUCCUCCCUCCCUCACCACCCCCACCUGCCCGCACAUACUCAUCACCAGAGGCCAAGACACCCAAGCAGCAGCAGCAGCUGCUGCGUCAUGGUGGCAAGCGCACUCGACCCAUUUCCAUAAGCCCAUCCACAUCUCCUCCAUCCCAAUCUGAGCUGUGGGCAGGCCCGGCGUUCUCCAACUCACCACCUCCCAGUUCACUGCCCAUCCCUAAGUUCUCCCUCUGCCAGAAACGCAGUAUCUCUCUUGAGCUACCACCUGCUGAGCCCUCUGAUGACGUGGAGGUUAGACCGCAUGCUAAAUCAGCUCCUUCAUCCCCGGUUGGGGGAUCAGGGUAUGAUUUCUUCAGUGACAAUGAAACUGCUACUGCUAUAGCAACAGAGAAUCUGAGGAGGAUUCUCCAGUUGGAUAUCGCUGAUUGAAUGGGAGGAUGGAAGGGUGGUUCCUGUGUACAUAGGUUAUCUUUCACUGACAUCUUUUCUACCUGCAUAGUAGUGUAUAGGGUAAUGGUAAUAGAUACCUGGUGGUUGUAAGAUAUGGUCAGGAUCAUGGUGGUGUAGUUCCUACUUCCUAGGACAGUUCAAAGUGACACUUCUGUAUUGGGUGUUAUGGAGGUGAUUCUAGGUUAAGGAUUGGGUGGACGGCAGUUGAUAGUAUUAAUGUAUAUGCUUCCUUCAUUUCUUAGUUGUAGAAUUUAAGACCUCUGCAUUGUUUGCAUCCACAGUCCCCAAUCAGACAUCACAUAUUUGUAGGAUAUACCUGCAUUUAGUGCGUCCUGCAUAUCCUUGCAUACUUAUUUCCUUCUAUCCUCUAGCCAACUGAUUCCCACUCUUUAACUAUCCUGGUUUUCUGGUGCUCUGCAAAGAACACUAUCUCCUCACCAGCUCUUCUAUUAUUUUUGCAAGGAAGAAGCUGGGUGGAAGAUGCAAGAAGCCCUUGUUCUCUCUUCCUCCUAUUCCAAUACUAACUUCCCUAUGCAUUCCUGUCACUUAUCUGCAUACCAUGCAUCUCCAUAUGUUGAAGCCUCACCUAGUCGUCCUUGCAUCGCAUCUAGCAUCAAUCCUUCAGUUACCUGCAUGCUCAUUCAUUCCCCACUAUAAGUUCAUGGACCACUUUAGGAGUACUGAUUUUCUUCAAGCCUCGAAUGAUCCUGAGGGAAAGUCAGACUCUGAAGCCCUGCACUUCAUGCAACACCUGAUGAGGUUUGGUUGCGUGCAAUGUUCUACCCUGUUCUGCAGUUACGUAAUGCCCUAGUUCCUGCUAGUGUCACAUGCAUGCUCUGGAGAGCCUUGUAGGGUUAGCACUAGCAGCGAAGCAGCAGUAUUUGCUGGAUCUGGACUAUUAGUUAUCUGAAAUGCCAAGUUUGGUUGCUUGUCUCAUGUUAUGGUGUUAUCAGCAGAUACUUGUGUUUUGUGUUAGUUUAUGUGAUAAUGGUUCUAUGCUAAAGACUAGUUCACGUUACAACUAGAAACUCUGUUGCUCUCAGGCAAAUUAUAUCAAGUUUACUUUGUUAAAUUCAUCAGAAGGUGUUUGUCA